AUGUUUGUCACGACCGUUCAUGAGAUUGAUGCCCUGACCCCAUCCCCACAGUCUAACACCUCCCGACAGCCAUACCUCCUCCCCCAUCUUCCCGACCCUCCCAAGCCAAAGCGCUUCCACAUCUCUUUCUACAGUCCUCCCCGUGAAACCGAAAAGCUGGAGCUGCCAUCGAUCUCGCAGGUCCACACCCGCGGCCCUGCUGAUACCCCCUGGUACAACCACCACGCGGCCGAACGACCGUUGUUGUCGGGCGAUAAGCUCCCCGCGCUCAGCCUCCCGACCGCCACUCAGGCCCCGACCCGCACCCUCAAUUCCUCAUUUUAUCCCGACGUGCCUGGCUCGACCACCAGCUCCAGCGCUAGAACAAGUCUGUCUGGUGCUUCUGCGGUCCAGGAGCCAAGGAGCCCACCGCCCCCUGCAGAUUUAGGACAGGGCCGGCUUUCGUUCGAUUCGGAGUACGCCAUUGCUCACACCGACGGCUUUUAUCCCAGCCCGACCUCGCUCGGCAGUAUGAAUCACUCUCAGCCGUACAUGGACGUUCAUUCCCAUCUGUCCUCUGCCCAACCAUACGCUUCGCAGGCUGCCACUGCCGGCACCAUGUCCCACUAUCCGUACCAGCACCAGCCGCCCGUCUUGCAACCGGCCUCCAGCUAUGCCCCGGCGUCGUAUCAGCAAUAUGGCUACUCGAAUGGCGUGACCUCCCCGCCAACGGGCCACGCGCCGCCAGCAAGCUCCAUGGGUGGACAAAUGCCCGCACAGUUGUUGCCGCUUCCCCAAGUGAGCCCAGUCAGCAACCACCCCGUUGCAGCUCCUUCUGGGUAUGGGAACAGCACCGGAUCUCCUUUGCAAGGCUUCGUCUAUGAUCCCACAGGCCAGAUUGCGCCUCCCGGAGCCAAGCCGAGGGUUACUGCAACCUUGUGGGAGGAUGAGGGCAGCCUUUGCUAUCAGGUGGAAGCCAAGGGUGUAUGUGUUGCUCGGAGAGAGGAUAACCAUAUGAUCAAUGGUACCAAGCUCCUCAACGUGGCUGGGAUGACUCGUGGCCGCCGUGAUGGUAUUUUGAAGAGCGAGAAGCUGCGCCAUGUGGUGAAGAUUGGUCCAAUGCACCUGAAGGGUGUUUGGAUCCCAUUCGAGCGUGCAUUGGAGUUUGCCAACAAGGAGAAGAUCACCGAUCUCUUGUAUCCGCUUUUCGUGCACAAUAUUGGCGGCCUAUUGUAUCAUCCAGCCAACCAAACCCGGACAAACGCAGUCGUGCAGGAAUCUAACCACCGGCGUCUGGAGGGCCCUCUCUCAGGAGCUCAGCGCACUACCCCGACCGCUCCCCAGCACUCGAGCUUGCACCACCACCAAGCUAUGCAGACUCCCAUGUCUUCGCACAUGUCCCAGCCACCUUCCAUGGGAGGUGGUCCUCGUCCCAGUCUUGAUCGCGCCAAUACGUUUCCCACUCCCCCAGCCAGUGCAUCCAGCCUGAUGGGAGUGACCAACCAGGGGAGCUCAUAUGAAUGGGGUGGCCAGGUGCCGCACACGCAACCAUUGUCCAUCGACACCGCCCUGAGCAACCAACGCUCGAUGCCGACUACGCCCGCCACGACACCUCCCGGCAACAACCUCCACAGUAUGCCGCCGUAUCAGGGACAAACCGGAUAUGACAGCAAGCCAUACUACUCGGCUGCGCCGCAGUCUCACUCACAGUAUGCCCCGCAGACGCCCAUGACGCAAUCUGGCAUCUCCAAUUACGGCCAAUCUCUUCCCACGAUGAACUAUUUGAAGAACGAGAUGGCUCCCCCGACAGGUCGGGCUCCUGAGACCGAAACUUCUGACCUGAAGUCUGACCGGUAUUCCCAGAGCAAUGGGUCUGAGCGCUACUCGCAGAACAAUGGUUCUGGUGAGGCGGGACAGGAACAUGAGCCAGAGUACCUGCAGGACCAAGGAUCCGCAUACAACAACCGGGGCUCCUACACAUACACGACCAAUCCGUCUGUGGGAUCGAUCAAUGGCGAGCACUCUCAGCUGACUCCCGAGAUGACUGGAUCUCCUCAGCAAAAUGGCUCAGGCCGCAUGACACCGCGGACCAGCGUCAGCGCGCCGGGCCCGCACUGGGCUUCAGGAUAUAACACUCCCCCGCGCCCCACUGCUGCGACGACAUUGUACAACGCUGUGAGUGACACUCGCGGCACGCCUGCACAUGGUGCCUCGGACCCGUAUUCCAUGGCGUCUACAUCAACGCCCGUCUAUGCAACCACCAUGAAUGGCAACAUGGGCUCGGGCAACAAGCGCAUGCGUGAGGAGGACGAUGUCCUACGGACCGAUAGCGGCGGUGAGUACGAGAGUAAGCGCCGCAAGACUAUCACCGAGACCACACUUGGCGGUCCCGUGGGUGCCCCUCUGCUGCAACCUGUGAAGACCGGCGGGGUGAUGGCUCGCCGUCGAUGAUCACUGGCAACCCACUUUUCAUCGCUUGCAUCAUUUGUGGAAGACCAUUUUACGACCUUGAAUAACGCCAACUAACACAACCUCUCUCACCUCUGGAUGGAGUUUUGAUUUACUUUUUUUGAUGAUAGACGCGGCACCGCGGUGUUGGUUUGAUCCUCCGUACCGUGGACUUUGGGAACGCUUGACAUGACCUGCUUUUUUUGAUUCGGUUUGAGCACUGCGUUUAAAUUUACAUCUUAUCUUACGCCCCGUCUCGAUGACACAGACUGCACUUGGUCUUUUUCUCGCGAUCGAGUCAGGGUAUGGAUCUUAAGGAUCGAUCUUGAGCGCUGCCCCGAUUCCGAUCAACCCGAGUGCUUCUUGAUGUUUCAGGUCUCUGACCAGGUUGGAUUCCGGGAAUACCCCACCCAUUAUGCUUUAUUCUACACCCACCACCAUGUCUUCCACACGCAAAUUGAUAACAACAGGAAGCAGUUGGGAUGGAUGGCAUGACCGAAGUUGAGUUGAGUGUACAGGGCGGAGCAGUGCAUUUCCUCACGUUCAGUCUCUCUCUCCUUUGUUCUUGACUUCCUCCUUCUUCGUCUUCCUAUUCUUUUUUUUUUUUUUAACGACCAUGAUGACACGAAUCUCAUAUAACGAAUUUUCUAUGUCCGCACUUCUUGCUCAUUCAUUCAUGACCAGGAACGACCAGUGUUUUUCUCAUUUUUGGACUUGUCUCGAGUUACUGGUUCUUGGAGAGAAGAACCUCUCGAGAGCGAAUUGAAUUGUUGGCCAUUGGAAAUUCUUGCGAUACUGUUUACUUCUUUUUUGGGGGCAAAAGGAUUUUUUUCGUUUUGUUUUUUCUUUUCAUUUUCUCUCAUGAUCUUUCACCUGGGACUUGGAUUCCCGGUGACUUUGAUCUUGAUCUUGGGUUUAGCCUAGUCUGGCCUUGUGUCUGUAUCCAUUUCUGUCGCUUAGGUUUUUCAUCAAAAGCUAGGCUUUUGGGUUCAGACAGGUCUGCGUGCGGAUUUUGGCCGCGGGCGGCGGGCUUCUCAUGUUGUUUCUUUUCUUCUCUUCUUUUUCUGGCUUCUUUCUGUUCUUAGAGAGAUGACAUGACGGUAAUGAAUGAUCAUGAAUAUGAAUCUUGCACUGCGCGGCUUUUUUAUCUUAGGGGUUUCUUCUCGUUUUUUCCUUAAUUGACUCGGUUCAUUUCUUCCUUUUCAAGUCUUUGGUUCCAUUAGUCUAGAUGGAGGGGCAUAAAUAUGAAGAUGCC